AUGGCCAGUAAGCAAGGGUACAGUUGUCUCUCAGAUGGCUCUCUGGAUAUUCCAAUAUCUAGCCCUGAAGGCACCCCGAGUCUCAGUCCUCAUAGUCCAGGACUAUGUCUUAUAUCUCCUCCAAUUGCAGAAUCUCACUGGCUGAGCAAUGCUCAACCACAUCCUGAUACUCCACCAGAAAUGAACAUCACUUUAGAAAAGUUGCUUGCUCCAAUAACUGAAAAAUUGAAAUAUUUGCUGAAGAAAGCAGAAGACUUCCAGACUUACCUUCUGUACAGCAGAGACAGAAUGCAGAAGGAACAGUUUGCCAAAGCCAUGCCCACCUUCUUGCAGAUGUGCCAGCCAUAUUUCCACUAUUUGGAAUCGACAGCACGCAGCUGCACACCUUAUUUAAGACCUCCACAGGAGCAAGUCCGGAAAAGACUUCUGGAAAUUUCUCAGCAAUUGGCUUGCCAGCUUGAGCAACUGGUGCUGAUGUACGCUUCCUUCAGCUUUGUUUCUCUUGAAGACACAGACCCAUUCAGUGUAUCAUGUUUCUUCUGUGGGAAAUUUUGGAUGAAUGAGACUCGGCAAGUUUCCAUCUUUCGAUAUUGCAUCUCAGCACCAUACACAGCUGCUCAUGUUCCCCACAAUCUUUAUAAGAAGAUGCGCUGGAAUCUUGACAUCUUGGAGGGGUCUGCUGCUCGGAAUCAAACACUCCGGACAGAAUACUACUUCCUAUGCUUCCGUGAUACAGGAGAUGAAACAACUGUGAAAAUGCAGAAGCUUUGGUCCAUAGGACGCUGGGUGCCUAUAGAUCCUGACAGUGAACACAGUUCUGAUGUGCUAUCCUGGGUAUUGUGUCACCAGCCCACAGGGGAUUACCAGCAGCUCCUAACAAUUGGAUUUGAGGAACCUUCCCACACCUUAGCUACAGACCUCUUAGUGCAGAUGCUAAAUGCUCAGAGUUCUGGUCUUCUUAAUCGUGAGUCACCCUGCUGGGUGGGUCCAGGAGAACAGGUGCAGUAAAAUGU